CUUUCUCAAAUCCAUAGAACCCUAACCCAUAGAUAAGUCAUCAACUAUAAUGAUCAUGCCAAGUCUCACUCCACUCUGCACCAUCUUCCUCCUCGUCACCAUAACAUCAACUGCUCGAGUCUCCACCGCUCGUAUAACGAUGAGAUUGAUUCAUCGCGACUUGAUCUUCACUCCCACCGGUUCAACUUCACUACCCACGUUAGCAUCUGACUCGGACUCCACAUCGACCCACAUUGAAGCGAACUUGAUCCAAUCGAGCAACACGAUCUACUACGUCAACUUCUCCAUCGGAACUCCCCCGGUCCCGCAGCUGGCGGUCCUCGACACGGGGAGCAACCUGAUGUGGGUCAAAUGCCUGCCUUGCGAGCCUUGCUCCCCUCUCUCGGGGAAGCGCUUCUUCGACCCCGCGACGUCCUCGACGUUCGCCCCCAAAUCCUGUGACUUGCACUGCAAGAAAUGCAACGACAUGGCGCAGUGCGAGUUCAGGCUCACCUACUCUAGUGCCCCGUCGGCAGUUGGCAUCCUGGCGACAGAGCAGCUGACGUUCUCGACGUCGGACGGUGGGACCAUGGUCGUGCCGAACAUCCUGUUCGGAUGCACCCGCAAGACCCGGGACCUGCCCCAGCAGAGCCAAAUGACCGGGGUGAUGGGCCUCGGGCCGGGCCCCAAUUCGCUGCUCUGGCGAAUUGGGACCCACCCGAAGUUCUCCUACUGCAUCGGGGAUGCCCAGAACCCACUCUACCCGUACAGCCGGUUGGAACUCGGGGAUGGAGCGAUCAUGGAAGGUUAUUCGACCCCGUUGGUUAUCGAAUCGGGCCGGUACUACGUCGACGUGGUCCGAAUCAGCCUCGGUGGGUCGACCCUGGAGAUACCAAAGUCCGCAUUCGCCAAAACCCCUGGGGUUGACAAUGGAGUCAUCAUGGACACCGGUGCAAAGAUGACCUACCUACACAAAGACGCUUACGACGUGCUGGAGUUCACGGUCCGGGACUGGCUGCGAGGCUCGAAAUGGACACGUGUCUACCCCGAAUUCGCGAGGGGACGGCAGAUCUGCUACGGCGGGAAGGCGAGGGAGGCGGCAGAGACGUUCCCCCUGUUGGGAAUUCACUUCGCCGGCGGGGCGGCGCUGUACAUGGAUGGGUUAGGGACUUUCUUGCAGCACGACCGGGACACCUUCUGUUUGGCUUUCCUGGAGGCUGAUUAUGGCGAGUCGAGUUGCAUCGGGAUAUUGGCUCAGCAGAAUUACAAUGUCGGGUUCGAUCUGUCGGAGAAGAAGGUUUACUUCCAGAGAAUUGACUGUAAGGAGCUGGAUGAGUGACAGAGUGACGACUUUUCUUUUGUUUAUUAACUUCUUUCUGAGUUACUACUUACUAGUGUGGAUUAGUUGAGUUAAUUAGAUGGAUCAAAGUUGGAUUAACCUUGAUUAUAUCACCUUAAUUAUAGUUAAAGAUGGUAUUCAAUCUUUGAUGUAAAACACACACCAAUGUUAUCAAAAUUGAGAUCAAAGUAGAGCAGAGACGACAAUGGGUUGGAUUGUAGACGGAUAUACUACUCCUUAGUAAAUUAAAACAUUUUUUUGUUGCUAUCAGGUUUAGAUAUUAAUAAAUGAGAUAUCGAGAU